UCGCGAGGACGGUCGUGGACGGUUUGCGGCAGACAUAGCACGGGCGCGCGGUGGCGACCGCCUGGGGGACGAGGGUGGACUGUCUGUGCGGACGCGGUGGAACACGGACUCACCCGCUUGUAGUAGAUGUUCUGAAAAGACAUGAGAGUACACGAGAUGGCGCGGAUGACCGCCUGAGCGACCCUGCCCCUCCCGACUCCAGACGGGCGAUGAUCAAGUGAUAAGUCCCGGCCACGGAAGAACGCCCCGCCCGCCUUAUAAACCACCCAGGCAGACAUCGCCCCUCACACCGUCCUCCUUUCUCACAACACCCAUGUCCACCGCAGGGCAAGUCAUCAAGUGCAAGGCCGCCGUCUGCUGGGGCGCAGGCGAGCCCCUCAAGCUCGAGGAGGUCGAGGUCGCGCCCCCGCGCGCCCACGAAGUCCGCAUCAAGAUCCUCUACACAGGUAUCUGCCACACGGACGAGUACACCCGCAGCGGCAAGGAUCCCGAGGGCGUGUUCCCCGUCGUUCUCGGCCACGAGGGUGGUGGAAUUGUCGAGUCCGUCGGCGAAGGCGUUACGAGCGUCUCUGUUGGCGACCAUGUCAUUCCCCUUUACACCGCUGAAUGCCGUGAGUGCAAGUUCUGCAAGAGCGGGAAGACAAACCUGUGCGGUAGCGUGCGCGCCACCCAGGGUCGGGGUCUGAUGCCGGACGAGUCUGUUCGGUUCACCUGCAAGGGCCAGCCAAUCCACCACUUCAUGGGCACGUCGACCUUCUCGCAAUAUACUGUCGUCGCGGAUGUAUCCGUCGUGGCCGUGAGCCCGAAGGCUCCUCUCGAGCGUGUCUGCCUGCUCGGUUGUGGUAUCACCACCGCCUGGGGAGCAGUCGUCAAGCAGCCAGGCAUCCCGGGCAGCACCGUCGCUGUGUUCGGUUGCGGAGCCAUCGGUCUCGGCGUCAUCGCGACGUCCGCGCUCGUCAAGGCCUCGCGCGUCAUCGCCGUCGACACGAACCCUAACAAGGAAGCGUGGGCGAAGAAGAUGGGCGCGACGGAGUUCGUAAACCCGGCCAAACUCCCGGAGGGCAAGCGCAUCCAGGACUACCUCGUCGAAAUCACCGACGGCGGCCUCGACUACACGUUCGACUGCACGGGUAACGUCCAUGUCAUGCGUGGGGCGCUUGAGGCGUGCCACAAGGGAUGGGGUGUCAGCACGAUCAUCGGUGUCGCUGCUGCUGGCCAGGAGAUCUCCACCAGGCCGUUCCAACUCGUCACUGGCCGAACCUGGCGUGGAUCGGCGUUCGGUGGUGUGAAGGGCCGUACCGAGAUCCCCGGUCUUGUCGAGGACUACCUCCAGGGCAAGGUCAAGAUCGACGAGUACGUCACUCACAGCCGGACGCUGGACGACAUAAACGCCGGCUUCAGCGACAUGCACGCCGGAGAUUGCAUUCGUUGUGUAGUUGACAUGUCGUAGAGUUUGCCGACGUGCCGAUCGAGAAAAGUGUGGGCAAGAGAUGACAUGUAGCUGUAACAUUGUACCACCACAUCAAUACAACUGGUCUUUAGUGCAAGCGAAACCUCGGUGCAGAAGAGUACAACGUCGU